UGAGUCACAAUCGUUUACUUCCCCACUGACUGCAAUUAAACCCCAAAGGGACAAACCGAGCACAGCAACCCAAAACCUUGACAAAUUAAUUCUCCUGUUUAAGGUUUCCAACAGCCAACCUGCCAUCCCCAUCCAAAAGCUUCAUAAAUACCAAAAAUGGGAGGUCCCCUUUGAGUCCCUCACUGCAUUCCAUAAUUCCAUUCUACACAAUCCAAAAUCUACAAGCUUAUUAGGAUCUCAGAGUCUCAAAGAGUUGAAAUUUUCUAGGUAGCAGAGCCAUGGCUUUGGUGGUCCGAGUUGUGGCUCUAGUGGUGGCGGUGAUGGCUGUUUUGGAGGUGUCCAGUGCAGCUGUGUACAAGGUCGGAGACUCCGCCGGGUGGACCACCUUCGGAAAUGUCAACUACAAACAAUGGGCUGCUUCUAAAACUUUCCAACCGGGUGAUGUUAUCAGAUUCGAAUACAACCCUCAACUCCACAACGUGAUUCGCGUUACGCACGCCAUGUAUCGGUCAUGCAACGCCUCACUCCCCCUCGACUCCCACACCACCGGAAAUGACACUAUCACCAUCACCACCAGAGGCCAUUACUUCUACAUGUGCGGGGUUCCCGGUCACUGCCAGGCCGGCCAGAAGGUCGACAUCAACGCCAUGCACCAUCCUUCGUCGGCAGCUCCAUCUCCUUCGGCAUUGGCCCCUCCAACAGUUACUGCUCCGCACGCACCGAUGCCAGGUCCAAGCAUGGCUGCUCCAUUACAAUCACUGAAGGGAAAUUUUGUUCUGCUGGGAUUAACACUUCUUGUUUCUGGUCUUGCUUAGUCACUCAAGUUUAUUGGUUUUAUACAUACUGGGCAGUAAUUUGAGUCUUUUUACGGCUCUUUUGAGAUGGGUUAGUAGUGAUUUUCGUACUUGAUAUCCAGACAUUACAUAUACAGCUUACACAACCAUCGAAUAAAUUUCGGAUAUUACCAAAA